CGCGGUGUUCUGCGGGACACGCCUUUUGCAGCUCCAGGAGCCUUCAUCUGAAAGAAGUCACCUCCAGUCGUGCAUUGCUUCUCUUUUCGAAGGAAACCUGUAGAUUUUUAUUUGUUUUGACGAAUCUCCCUCCUCAGUAGAUUCCUCCGCCGGGAGCCGGGAGCCGUGCGCACUCACUUCCGGGUCCGCCAUCUUCUCGCCUCCAUGUUGGGGGGGGAAUGAAGGCCCCCUAAAUAUGCCUCGGUGAGGCAAAAAAAAAAAAAAAAAAAAAGCACCACAAAAGUUCCUGCCAGUGACCCGGAGUGUUCAGGAGGGGGAAAGAAACGGGACCAAGCUGGCUGGCUCGGUGGAAGCGGAGAAGACGGCCUUCCGGACGAGGAGCUACCUGAGAACUUUUGAUCCUAUGCAUAAAGAUGUCUUUAGUGGACUUAGGAAAGAGGCUGUUAGAAGCUGCAAGAAAAGGCCACGAUGAUGAAGUGAGAACGCUGAUGGCCAGUGGAGCCCCAUUCACCACAGACUGGCUUGGGACAUCCCCCCUCCACCUUGCAGCCCAGUAUGGUCAUUACUCCACAGCAGAAGUGCUCCUCCGAGCAGGUGUUAGCAGGGAUGCCCGGACCAAAGUGGACAGGACCCCUCUGCAUAUGGCUGCAGCUGACGGACAUGCACACGUCGUGGAACUGCUCGUCAGGAGUGGUGCCGAUGUGAAUGCCAGGGACAUGCUGAAGAUGACAGCUUUGCACUGGGCCGCGGAGCACCGCCACCGCGACGUCGUCGAGUUACUCGUCAGGUGCGGAGCCGACGUGCAUGCUUUCAGCAAAUUUGACAAGUCGGCCUUUGACAUAGCCAUGGAGAAGAACAACUCAGAAAUUCUGCUCAUCCUUCAGGAAGCAAUGCAGAAUCAGGUGAAUGCUAACCCUGGAAGAGCCACCCCCAUGACCAACCCUGUGACUGUGGCUGCCCCAUUCAUCUUCACCUCUGGAGAGGUUGUUAACCUCGCUAGCCUUGUUUCUACAGCCAACACCAAGACAACCUCAGAGAAAAUUGAAGAGGGAAAUUGUGUUGACUCAUCAAUCCGGCAAGUGGUGGGGAAUGGAGGCCAGAGGGUCGUUACCAUAGUGACUGAUGUAGUCUCUCUGGGUAAUAUCCAGACUGCAAUCCCUACUGGAAGCCUUGUCCAGCCAUUUUUUGUAACUAUGCAAGAUGGACAGCAAGUUCUCACUGUGCCUGCUGGUCAGGUUGCACAGGAAACUGCCAUUGGAGGAGCAAUAGAGAAACUGCCACUGCCAAAGAAGCCAGGGAGGGAGAAGAUGGCAGAUGACGUGGGAGAAGGCAAGGCAGAUACUGAAAGACAGCUACUACAGCAGCGACUUCAGGAAGCCAGUCGAAGAGCCCAGGAAUACCGAUGCCAGCUCCUCAAGAAAGAGCAGGAGGCAGAACAGUACCGACUUAAGCUGGAGGCUAUGGCACGGCAACAGGCCAAUGGAGCUGAUGUCACCACAGUUGAAGAGGUAGCUGAGGUGGAUGCCAUUGUGAUACCAGAGGAGAUAGAAAGAAGAAAGACAGGAAGGGCCCGAGAGUGCCAUAUGGGAGUUAUCAUAGAAACAUGCAAGGGCCACAACUUUAUUCGUUUUAUUUAAGAAUAGACAUAGGGCCCACAUUAUGUAAAAAUUAAGAGCUGAGCAUGGUGCCACAAACCUUUAAUUCCAGGACACUUGAAAAUCUGAGGUAAGAGGUUCUCUGUGAGUUUGAGGCCAGUCUGGGUUAGAAUGAAGUCAUUCUUCAAAAAAAUGUCCUUAAGAAAACUGUCAGCUGGGGUUGGUGGCUCACGCCUUUAAUCCCAGCACUCAGGAGGCAGAGGUUAAAGGAUUGCCAUGAGUUUGAGGCCACCCUGAGACUCCAUAGUGAAUCCAGGUCAGCCUAAGCUAGAGUGAGAUCCUACCCCCCCCCAAAAAAAAAUGUGUAUCAGGGUACAAUACAAUGCUUGGGUCCAAAAAGACUGUAUGCAACUGGAAAAUUCAAAGCCAUAUGUGGAGAACCGAGGAACCAGAAGAACAAGACCAAAUAUCUUAGUUCACAUUAUUGUGUUAAGCAUAGUGGUAAGAGUACUCAAUGUUGUGAAUUUAUUAUUUUUCUAAAUAACUGACUUUAUAUUAAAAGAUUUUAAGAUAAUACUUA